UCGGGGCGCACUUUCGCGUGUCCAUCCGCUGGAGUACAUGUGGCCGGGCGAGGCAACGAUGAUGUUCCGUCAGAAAGUGAUGUUCGGUGCGUCGUAUGCCCAAUUAAUUGCAGAGGAUCUGCAGGAGGCCAUUUACUAUGUGGAAAUUUUCCCAACCAAGAAGACUGGAGCUCUGUCAGUGAACAGUCUUUUGAUUCAGAACAAGCUGGCGGGUAAUGGAGCAGAGCUACAGUUUGAAAACCACUGUGACCUCCGCCUUUGCUACGUUCAGGAGCGUCUGCCCUCCUUUGAAAUGCUCGAGACUGGUGCGUUUCCCAUGGAUGCGGAUCGGGAGUUUCAGAAAUAUUUUAGAGGAAUCGUCUGCACAGCAUCAUUCGUCAUGGAAUUUAAGGUUCCCCAUACCACGAACCCCUUUCUGCAGGACCUGACACAGGCGCUGCUUGACUGGAUGAUUGGCUUUAAGAAGAAGCAUAUUGAGCAGAGCCGAUUGGGGGUAAUGGAGUGGGAGAACGAGCUGGAAAACGAGCUGGAGAGAGACAUGAUAGAGUGGGGCAACGAUCAAGAGGAGCUGCAGAUGGUCAAGAAGAAAGAGGAACCAGAGCAGACCAACGAUCAAGAGGAGCUGCAGAUGGUCAAGAAGAAAGAGGAGCUGGAGAAGGACAUGCAGGAGUUAAAGGAGCUGAUGGAGCUGCAUAAAUUUACGGAGCAAGAGGAGCUGCGGGAGAAGUAAAUGCAGGACAUAAAAGAGGAUCCAGAGCAGGCCAAUGAUGAAGAGCAGCUGCAGAUGGUCAAAAAGAAAGAGGAACCAAAGCAGGCCAACGAGCAAGAGAAGCUGGUGAAGGAACUGCAGCAGGAAAAGGAGUACGGGAAGAUUUUUAAGGAGAUGUAUAAGGAAAUGUAUAAUGAGUUGUCUAAGGUGCACAAGUAGCCGGAGUAGGACAAAGAGACAACUUUGGA